GGUAGAAUAGAACACUUUGCGCAAUCAAGCCUUGGCCACAGAUGAAAGACGUCCGUGAUUUAAAAAAAAAUGCACAAUGGUCAGUCAGACCUCUAGUCUACCUCAUCUUCAUUCGGACAUUCAGUCAGUAGCUCGCCCGAAGAAGGAACGACCGUGUUACUCGAAUUUUAAGUGGCUACAUUGACUAAAAGUGAACUUUUGGAAUUUUAGCUUACCUGUGCGCUCGCGCGUUUUCCUUUCACUUCUACAUCAUCGUUUUACGCACUUUUGGUUACAAUGGAGGAUUUAAACACCACCAUCGAUCCCAGCUGUUUGCAGGAACCACCGCUGGCCAUUGAUGUCAUAAACCAGCUAGAUAUGUUUGGAACGGUGCUGUACUCUAUUCUGACCUUCAUGGCUACCGUAUCGCUCCUGGUGUACCUGGAGGAGUGUGUGUAUGUGUUCAAGAAAGUGCCCUCUCCCAAGAGGAUGACCGUCAUAUGGGUCAAUGGAGCAGCACCGGUCAUUGCCACCAUGUCCUGCCUUGGCAUGUGGAUCCCAAGGUCCACCAUGUUUACUGACAUGACUUCAAAUUCUUAUUUUGCGGUGGUGGUGUAUAAGUUCCUGAAGAUGAUGAUUGAGGAGGUGGGUGGUGACGAGGCCUUCCUGAGGCGCUCAGCUGAUAAGACCCUGAGGAUCAGCACCGGGCCCUGCUGCUGCUGCUGCCCCUGCCUACCGCACGCGCCCAUCACACGGCGGACCCUUUUCCUGUUAAAGCUGGGCUCCUUGCAGUAUGCCAUUCUAAAGACGGUCCUCUCCAUAUUCUCUAUUGUGCUCUGGAGUAACGGCAACUUUGACCUGUCUGAUCUGGAGAUCACGGGUGCUGCCAUCUGGAUUAACCCUUUCAUAGGCGUCCUGACCAUCACCGCCCUGUGGCCUGUUGCCAUCAUGUUCAUGCACCUGAGGACCACUCUGAGGACCCUCAAGAUCAUCCCAAAGUAUGCCAUGUACCAGCUGGUGUUGGUGCUGAGCCAGCUACAGGCUUCCAUCAUCAGCAUCCUGGCUCUGGACGGGAGCAUCGCCUGCUCUCCCCCCUUCUCAUCCAUCGCCCGAGGCGCCCUGAUAAGCCAACAGCUGAUGAUCGUGGAGAUGUUCAUCGUUACCUUGGUGAACCGUCUGUUGUACCGUCGUACCUACGAGCCACUUGACCUGGACAAACACGAGAAUGACAACGCACAGAAUGACAAGAUGAUCCUGACCACAACAGCUGGACCGGAAGUGAUAUGAGAGAUGACAAGAUAGAGAUAAAAGUGUGUCUGUGUGUGUGUGGCCAAAAUGUGUUGUAACAACCAGACCCAUAAAGUAUUAAAUUCUGUGUCUGUGUUACCACAAUUAAAAGAAACCUUUUUAUACAUUGCAUUUAUGUAACUUAAAAUUGUAUUAUUGUGCAUAAUGAAUAUAUUGUAUUUAAUGGGAAAAAAACACAAUUACUGUUCAUAAUAUUAUGAUACCAUAUUUAUGACUGUAUAAAAUACCCACUUUAGAUACUAAAUAAUGAAACAUAUCAUGAACUGUUUUAUAACAAUUUUUACUUUACGUUACUUUUUAGUUUUUUUAAACAUUUCACAAGAGUCUCAUGAAAGAUGUACUCAGUUUGCAUUCA